AUGGCGAGUGUAAUACUAAAUGGGUACGCCUUGUAUCGAACGAUGGGUUGUGGAUUGGUUAUUCUAGCCAGCCUUUGGAAUAACUUAACUAUGUGGCUAUUAAAUAAACAUAGGCCACCUGCCGAAAACCGUAUUCCCGAUUUACACAUAUUACCUAAUUCUGAGAACGAGAUUCCUAUUGAACCAAAACUUCCUUCUGUACCUCAAAUUGCAACUCCCGAUAAAACCUGUUAUCCAUUAAAACAAUUAAUUCGGGAGAAUAGUGAAACCUUAAAAAACGUAGAUGUAGCGAAUGAAAUUAGUAUCUAUAAUAAAACGAUAGAAAGCGUAAUUAAGGAAAUUCAUGGUAUCCUUAUUAGUAGAUUAAAUAUUCAAGAAACAAUGGGUGAAGCUUUUGGUUUAAAAGUAGCCGGUAGUUUACUACCGUCGAUGGACGGAAAUGAGGAUACCACGAAAAAAACUGAUGCUUCUGGGUACGCAAUUGGGGCUGUCCUUUGUAAUUCUGAUGAUAGACCAGUUGCAUAUGCUAGUAGAGCUUUAAACAAAGCGGAAAUUAACUAUGCUACAAUCGAAAAGGAACUUUUGGCUAUAGUUUGGUCUAUUAAACAUUUCAGACCGUAUUUGUAUGGACCGUCAUAUGAAGUUUCAUACUGUAUUGCUAAAAAUAAAAAGCCGUUCACCAUUGGAGAAGAUCUUGUAUUACCUGCUGCUAUUAAAAUGGUAGAAAUACUACAUGGAAGUAAAUAUGGCGAAGAUAUUCGAAAAAUUCCUUUGUCGAACGACACUGUCUCGAAUAGAAUUUCUGAUAUCAACAAGGACCAAUUAGUGCAACUUAUUACAAGAAUUAAAGAAAGCCCAAAAUUUUCAAUUCAGUUGGACGAAACAACGGAUAUUACUAAAUUGGCUCAGUUGUUAGUAUAUGUCAGGUACGUUUAUAAAGAAAGCGUGGAGGAAGAAUUGUUAUUUUGUCGUCCUAUGAAAGACCAUACUACAGGGAAAGACAUAUAUUGUAAAGUUGACGAAUUUUUAAAAACUGAAGGUUUAGAAUGGAAAAAUUGCUGUGGAAUAUGCACAGAUGGUGCAAGAGCGAUGACGGGCAAAAAUAUUGGUUUUAAAUCAUUUUUUCAAGCUGCUCAUUAUGAUCAUAUAACUUUUACUCACUGCCUUAUUCACCGAGAGGCCCUUGCAGCAAAAAAAAUAGCACCAGAAUUGAACGAUGUACUUCAGGAUGCUGUUAAGAUUAUAAAUUUUAUUAAGAGCCAUGCCCUUAACAGCCGCUUAUUUUCAAAUCUCUGUAAGGAUACGGAUUCCAACUACACAACUUUAUUAUUACAUGCAGAAGUAAGAUGGUUGUCAAGAGGUCAAAGUUUAAGAAGAUUAAUGUUAUUAAAGGACGAAAUCGAAAUAUUUUUAACCGAACGAAAAUGUGAACUUGCUGCUUUUUUUCAAAAUGACUUAUGGCUAUCCAAGCUGUGUUAUUUGUCAGAUAUCUUUGCGAAAUUAAACGAUCUCAACUUGUCUCUUCAAGGAAAAAAUUGCGAUAUAUUUACUUCGAAUGAUAAAAUUGAAAGUUUUAUUAAAAAGAUCAACAUUUGGAAAAGUAGGGUAGAAAAAAAUUCGUUCGAAAUGUUUUCCAGUGUCGACAAUUUUAUAAUCGAGAAAAAUCAUUGUAAAACUUUUAUUGCAAAAAUUAUUGUAGAUCACUUAAAAGCUCUAGAAACACAGUUCCGUACAUAUUUUAUAUUAAAUAUUGAUUUCAAAAAGGUAGCUUGGAUUCAAAAGCCGUUUUGGAUUGGCUUAAGUGAGAUUGAUCACCUGCCACUUAAAGCUCAAGAGGAAUUUGCUGAGCUUUCGAGUGACUCAAACUUAAAACUACAAUUUCCAAAAAAGCCCUUGACUGAAUUCUGGAUCGGAACUAGAACUGAAUUUCCCACAAUCGCUGAUAUGGCGUUAAAUGUUCUUCUGCCAUUCAACACCACAUAUUUAUGUGAAGUUACUUUCUCAGCUUUAACACAUAUUAAAUCCCAAUAUCGUUCAUCGCUAAAAAAUGUUGAAGAGGUCUUACGUCCAGCAGUGUCAAACAUUCCACCACGAAUUACUUUGUUAUGCAAUAAAAAACAGGCACAUCCAUCUCAUUGA